AUGAAAUAAAAUUUUUGCCCUGAUUUGCAUGUUACGGUCCCUGAUAUGGAUCUACAUAUAUGUGUUUGUAAGAGUUAGUUUUAAAUUUAGCUUAUGCUGAAAUUUGUAAGGAUGUGCCUGAAGUAGAUAUAUUAGUUGCUUAGAAUGGAACUUAAUAUGUAUGCCACCCAAGAUUCUAACCAUUUGCUCCAGGAACACCAACUAUAGAUUUCUUUGGUUCAAUAAAUUGUGGGUAUGAAGAAGGAGUUCAAAUGGUAAUAGAGUAGUUACUUGAUUAUCAUCUUAAAUUUUAUUGUAAAUGUGAGUAAAUUAGACUAUUAGAAUAGUUAUUGAAGGUGAAAAUUACAAAAAUUGUUUGGCGACUGAAAUAGUAAAUGGCUAUCAAAGAUGCGCAUAUUGUAAAGCACCUUUUGUUGGAGAGUCCUGCCUGAAAUUAACAUAAGGGUUUUAUGAUUGGAGAUAUUUUAAUCCCCCUAAAAGUAAAUAAUCACUUUUUAUUCAAUAGAAUGCGAAAGUAUUACUUGCAUAGAAUGUGAUAAUCCAUCUUCAUGUACCAAAUGUGCUCCUGGUUAUGGUUCUACAACUCCAGCAAACACUUGUGAUAAAUGUAUAUGAUUUUAUAUAUAUUUACAGGGUUGGAUUCUACACCUCCUUGUAAAGAAGGAACAUAUCUAGAAACAGUGGAUAAAUGCUUUUGUAUAUAUUUAAAUAAUUACUUAAUAGUUUGUCCUGAAGGUUGUUUAAGUUGUAGAAAAAGGUCAGCAAGUACUUAACCAUCUGUAACUUGUGAUGUUUGUGAUUCUCGUUACUUUAAAGUAAAGUGCAGACAAGAUGAUCCAGAUUGUUACUUUUGUUUUAUAGGAACUGGUUGUGACUUUGAUAGAUAAUAAAUACUUACAGAUUACACAACAUUAAAUGCAUUAGGAUAAUAUCAAUACGUUAUAUCAUGUACUUAAUGCGAUUUAGGAUUUUUUUAUUCUAAAGAAAAGAAGAAAUGUGAAUGUAAUAUUCAAUAAUAUUUUGAGAUUCUGAGAAUAUUCAGAGUUAUUGUUUAAUUUAUGACCCAAUUUUAAAAAAAUGUAUGA